AUGCUGACCAACGAACAUACAGCCGUUUCCACGAACAAAAUACUUUUGGUGCCAUAUGAAGAAUCACACGUGAUUACAUAUCAUGAGUGGAUGAAAGAUGAGGAAAUCCAACAAGCGACGGCCUCUGAGCCCCUGAGUCUCGAGGAAGAAUAUGAUAUGCAGCGGAGUUGGAGGACGGAUCAUGAUAAAUUGACAUUUAUUAUCUGUUUACCUGAAGAGAGAGAUACAUCGCAAGAGACUAGGAAAGGGGUAUCAGAUGCACCUACGAAGAUGAUAGGGGAUGUUAAUUUGUUUAUAUCGGAAGCAGAUGAGGAUGAUGAAGGAUGCAUAGGAGAGAUUGAAAUUAUGAUUGCGGAACGCAGUGCAAGAGGUAAGGGAUUGGGAAGAUCGGCAGUGGUUACUUUUCUCGAAUAUUUGAGGAGCAAUCUGGAGAAGAUUCUGGAGGAGUAUAGGAAGGGUAUCCAGGGGAAGAAGGAAGAGGAGAAAAUGAAAUUGCUGCAGUUGAGGGUCAAGAUUGGAGGCAAGAAUCUCGCGAGUAUUGGACUUUUUGAAAGCGUGGGGUUUGUAAAGGUUGGGGAGGGAGAAAAUUAUUUUGGUGAGGUGGAAUUGGUUUUCGAGGGGUGGUGUGGGGAGGAAAGGGUGAAGGGCUUGAUGGAAAGGUUUGGGGUGGAGGGAUAUAGGGAGUGUGGUUAUAGAUGA